AAAAUAUGUACAACUCUUAACAGGUUUAUACCUACUAGGCAUACCUCAAUUAGGUACGGCAACUAAAUCACGGUUGCGACAAAGGCAGUAGAACAGCGAAACACAGUUGCGACAGAGGCGACAGAACAGCGAGCUACGGUUACAAUAAAAGCAAUAGGACAGCGAACUACGGCUGCGAUAAGACAGCAGCACAACGAACUGUGGUUGCAACAAGGACACGCAGUGCAGCAAAGUGCUCUUAUGCCAUAAACUCGGCGUAUCGUCCGUCCGUCCAUCCCAUCUCAUCACCAAGCGGGCAUAUACAUCCACCAUGGCUGGCGCAAUCGCAACCCAGACAUGGAUCCUCACAAAAAAGACACUACGCGUCGUCUUUGUGCGCCACUGGUUCUUCACGAGCGUGCGCGCAUUCUGGGCUCCCAUCAUUUUUAUGUUCUUUAUCACCUACGCUAAAAACUUCUUCGUACCACCUUCUGAGUUCGGCAUCGGCAAUGCGUCCCCCAUUCGAUCCUUUCCCGACGCUCUCGCUGCUGCUCAAGGCGGCCGUGACAAGGUCGUCUUUGUAAACAAUGGCAACACUGGUGGUCAGAUUGACCAGGUCAUCGACCGACUAUCUACAACUGUGCGUGACGCAGGGCUGCAGGCUAUUACUUUAGGAUCAGAAGUGGAGCUACUCACAACCUGUGCGAGCUCAUUGCGCGGCGCCAGUACUUGCUUUGGCGCUGCCUCUUUCUACUCCAGUCCAAAUGAGGGUCGAGGACCGGCCUGGAAUUAUACACUUCGAUCGGACGGCGCCCUUGGAGAGAACAUCUACGUGGACCAGAAAGACAAUGACAUUCAGAUAUAUAUUCUUCCCUUCCAGCGCGCCAUUGAUCAAGCCAUCGCUUCUGUGGACGGAUCUGGACCAAUUCCCGAGACCAAUGAGUAUCCCUAUACCGACAAGACCCAGAAGGAGUACGACGAUAGAAUUCGAACACUCUUCAUGGGCGCCCUUAUUAACAUUAUGGGCGCAGCCUUGUACAUUGGCAUCUGCGGUGUGACAUACCAGCUCACGGGACAAAUGGCCGAGGAGCGAGAACGCGGCAUCUCACAGCUCGUCGAAGCAAUGUCUCCUGCGAAGAAGGCAUGGCACACGCAGUUUGCGCGCCUCCUAUCCAUGCACAUCGCUUUUGACAUGAUCUACUUCCCUGGAUGGGUCAUUAUGGGAGCCAUAGUUUGGGCCCUGGCCUUUUCGUCUUCUAAUCCCAUCAUUUUGAUCAUCUUCCACGUUCUGGCUGGAUUGUCACUGACGAGCUUCUCCAUCUUUGGCGCGGCGUUCUUCAGAAAGGCACAGCUAUCUGGUAUCACCAUUGUCAUCAUUCCCAUCCUGUUGGCCAUCAUUGCACAGGUUGCUGGUCCGUUUAGCACAUCCGCCGUUUAUGUGCUCAGUUUGAUCUUUCCAUCCAUCAAUUACGUCUUCUUCACCAUUUGCGUAGCGCGAUUUGAAAGACAACUUAUCGCCAUGAACAUGGUUGAAGCAUCACCUGCAUACGAGGAUCACGUGUGGACGACUCCUGGUAUUGUCUUUUGGGUUUUCGCCAUUAUUCAAACUUUUGUAUACCCGUUCCUUGGUGCUCUUGUCGAGCGGUGGCUCUACGGUACUGUGUCAGCUGACAGGAAAACUACGACUUCAUCGCCGGAUCAUAAUAUCAUCCUUACAAACUUUUCUAAACACUGGACUCCCAGCUGGUUCCGCAGAAAUGUCCUGUCCAAGUUUGGAGUAAAGCCCCCAGAGACGGUUAUUGCUGUAGACAACUUCAGCAUGAAGGCGCGCAAAGGUCAAAUCAUGGUGUUGCUCGGUGCAAACGGUAGUGGAAAGUCUACUACACUCGACGCCAUUGCCGGUCUCAACUCCAUCACUAGUGGCGCCAUCGAGAUUGACGGUACUGGUGGUCUUGGUCUCUGCCCCCAGAAGAAUGUAAUGUGGGACGAACUCAAUGUUUAUGAGCACGUCCGCCUGUUCAACCAACUCAAGUCCACUGGCGAGUUCGACUCGAAAGACAAGAUUGAAGAUCUCAUCCGCGCUUGCGAUCUGGGUCAUAAGAUGAAGGCGCAAUCAAGCACGCUUUCUGGUGGUCAAAAGCGCAAGCUUCAACUCGCAAUGAUGUUUACCGGUGGCUCCAAGGUCUGCUGCGUUGACGAAGUCUCUUCUGGUUUGGACCCCCUAUCUCGACGAAAGAUCUGGGAAAUUUUGCUUGCUGAGCGUGGCGAUCGCACGUUUCUACUUACUACCCAUUUCCUCGACGAAGCAGAUGUUCUUGCAGAUUACGUCGCCAUUCUUUCCCGCGGUGUACUCAAAACUAAGGGCACAUCUGUCCAGCUCAAGCAUGAGGUUGGUGCUGGAUACCAUGUCACUUAUCCCAAGAGCGCUCCAGUCAAACCACCUGUUGAUGCAGUCAAGAAGCCUUCGCCUUCCGAAGGCAUGGUUCAGUACCAGUUCGCUGAUGCGCUCCCCGCGACUAGAUUUGUGGACGUCUUGAGAGAUCAUGGUGUAAAGAAUUACGAUAUCGUUGGACCAACCCUCGAAGAUGUUUUUCUCGCCAACGCUGAAGAAGUCAAGGAAUAUAAUCUUAUGGAUGUGGAGCAUGCCGACAAUUCCGAAAAGGAUGCAGAUGCGCCUUUGGAUAACAUUUCGGACUCGGAGAAGAGGCUUGACAUGGGCAAAGGACGCGGUACGGGACUUUUCCAGCAAGUACUGAUCCUUAUACAAAAGCGAGUCACUAUCGUCAAGCGCAACUUCUGGCCUUAUGUCUUCGCACUGAUUCUUCCUAUUGCUGCCGCUGGCUUGGUCACGCUCUUCCUUCAAGGUUACCAAGCUGUCGGUUGCGACCCGGGCGCCGCUUCCAACGACCCAGAAAUCUUUUCGCUUUCAAGCAGUCGCCGAAAAUUACUGAUUCCAAUCGGACCGCGCAGCACUGUCGGCCCCGCGGUAGAGACCAUCAUCCAACGGACUGGUAUUCGAGAGAACGACUUCAACACUUUGGAUACGCUUGACGAUUUCAACGGCUUUGUACAGACCCGCUUCCGCAACAUCACGCCCGGUGGUUUCUUCCUGAAUCAAAAUGGACCUCUUGUCAUGACGUACCUCGCCAAUGGCGGUGUCAUUGGCGGCCUGAUUACACUCAACAUGCUUGACAACAUUGCUAGCAACAUUACAAUUUCGAUGCAAUACCAGCAGUUUGCUGUCCCGUUUGCUCCUAAUAUGGGAGACACUCUCCAACUUACACUUUACUUUGGCCUUGCCAUGUGUGUUUACCCGGCCCUGUUCGCUUUAUACCCCACGCAAGAACGGUUGAGGAAUGUUCGAGCUUUGCAUUACAGUAACGGCAUUCGUGCUGUGCCUUUGUGGCUAGCAUACACGGCUUUUGAUUUUAUAUUUGUGCUUAUAAUUUCCGCUGUUACAACAAUCAUCUUUGUCGCAGCAUCGAGUGCAUUUUACGCGCCGGGAUACCUCUUCGUCGUCUUCUUUCUGUACGGCUUGUGCGCGAUUCUCUUCUCGUACCUUAUUUCGAUCGUUGUUACUUCGCAACUUGCAGCCUUUGCUUUCGCGGCUGGAGGCAUGGUUUCGCUUUACCUCAUCUAUUUCAUUGGAUACAUGGCGAUUCUCACCUACGCUCCUGCUUACGCUAUAGACUCGUACAUCGAUUACUUUCACUGGACGGUCUCGAUAAUCUCGCCCUCGGCAAGUUUGCUGAGAACGCAGCUACUAGCGCUCAACUCAUUCAGUAUUUUGUGCGAUGGUACCCGGAUCCCAAGUUAUCCCGGUGCUAUCACUGUCUACGGUGGCCCGAUCUUGUAUCUUAUCGUUCAAAUCAUCCUUCUCUUUAUAGCUUUGGUCUGGUGGGACUCUGGGUACCGACCCCCAUUCCUUAACCGCGACAAGAGCCGCCGACACAAUCCUGAAGAGAAUGUGGAAAACAUACCGCCUGCAGUCGCAGCGGAGAUUGCUCGUGCUGAGGAAUGCAAAGACAGUCUUCGCGCACUGCACCUUCACAAGCAAUUUGGCUCGAAUCACGCUGUAAACGACAUCACAUUCGGUAUUCCUCAAGGUCAGGUCUUCGCACUUCUGGGCCCCAACGGUGCUGGAAAAUCUUCUACCAUCUCACUUAUCCGUGGAGAUAUCCACCCAACAACUCAUAUCAACGGCGGCGGCGACGUCCUCAUCGAAGACAUCUCUAUCGUCAGGAAACGCGCCGCUGCCCGAGGCAACCUCGGAGUAUGCCCACAAUUCGAUGCCAUGGACACCAUGACCGUUACAGAGCAUCUCUACUUCUACGCUCGCGCCCGCGGCGUCUCCGACGCCAAAGCCAGCGUCGAAGCCAUCCUCCAAGCGACCAGUCUGACCCGCUUUUCCGACCGUCUCGCAUCGAAACUAUCCGGCGGCAACAAGCGUAAACUCAGCUUGGGCAUCGCACUCAUGGGCAACCCCUCCGUCCUCCUUCUCGAUGAACCCUCAAGCGGCAUGGACGCAGCUGCCAAACGAGUAAUGUGGCGCACACUGCUCGGUGUCGCGGCCCCGGGCCGCGCCCUCCUCAUCACCACACACUCGAUGGAAGAAGCAGACAAGCUUGCUACGCGCGUGGGUAUCAUGAAGCGGAAGAUGCUAGCGCUUGGCACCGUGUCGGAUCUCGGUGAACAAUACGGCGACGCGUGGGUCGUUCAACUCGUCUUGAAAUCCGCGCCUGAGACUACCGAAGAGGAAAUGGAGCAGGUUAAGCAGUGGGUUGCGCAGAGCAUUCCUGGUGUUCAGUUUGAUAAGUGGGGGUCUAGAGGAGGUGGCCACGGGCAAUUGAGGUUCAAGGUGCUGAAAGCUGCGGCGACGGAGUCUGCACACGUGGGCAAAGAGGAUGGCAAGCUUUCUGAUGUGGAUGUGACGAGAGUGGGGUCGAAGGAGUCGGCGUCAGAUCUUGGGGGUAUUCCCGGGUUGAUUCAGCUGCUGGAGACGAAUAGGAAGGAGUUGGGGUUGGAGUAUUAUAGUGUUUCCCCGACUACGCUGGAUGAAGUUUUCCUCCGCGUAGUCGGUGAGGAAGAGGAGGAAGAGAAGGCGAAGACGGGGGGAGUGUCGAAGGUCAAGCGUCUUUUGACUUGUGGGUUUGCGCGUUCGUAGAUUACGAUAGAUGCGUGUAUAUACCUGGAACGCGUUUUCUGUUCUUUUUGUACAUCC